AUGUUUGAAAACUUUACAAAAUAACUGAAAAAUAUAUUUUUUAAUAUGACUCUUCAUAUAAAAUUAAUGGUUGUGAUUAUUUUAAUGAUCUCUAAUAUAACUUAUUCCUGGGACAAAUGCAAAGAAAAAUGGCCAAAUUGUGCAGAUGGUACAACGAAUGUAGUGUGUUUAAGAGGCGGUCAUUGUCGUCAUAUUAAAAGCAGUUGUGUUUCUUUGCCAAUGGAUGAUGAGUUUAGAAAUCAUCUUUUGCGAGAACACAAUAAUUUGAGAAAUUUUAUAGCAAGCGGAAAAGAAAAACAGGGCGGUGCUCCGUCUGCAGCCAAUAUGAUGGUUCUUAAUUACGACUUUGAUCUCGAAUACUCAGCUUCUUGCACCGCUAAUAAAUGUGAAAUGAAACACGAUAAAUGUUUAGCUACAAAAAAAUUUAAAUCUGUAGGACAAAAUCUUCAUGCAGGAUCUGCACAAAAAUCCCAAAUGUCAGCAGUAAAAGCGUGGUAUAAGGAAAUUAAAAAUAUGUCUGCACAAGAUUUCGAGAAGUUCGAAUUUAGGAUGGAAACUGGACACUUUACUCAAGUUGUCUGGGCUAAGACGACGCGCAUUGGAUGCUCAAGAGCGCACGAAGGAAACAAUUAUUAUUUAGCUUGUAAUUACGGUCCUGCAGGAAAUGUUAAGGGUGGCUCUAUUUACAAAACAGGUGAAACUGCAUCACAAUGUCCCGAUGACGUCAAAAGUCGGAAGUAUCCCAGCCUAUGCGGAUUCGCUUACGAUGCCAAUGUUGCAGUAAAUUUGCAUGCUAUAGAAGACAUAAUAUAUGGCUAUAUAUUUAUUUCACUUUAUGUACUUUUUUUAUCGUUCUAAUUGUAUGUAGCAUAUUCCAAGGUUUUUCAUAAGUAAAAGUAAGUAAAUUGUU